AAAAUGCAAUUCAGGCCUUCGGCAAUGGUACUGAUGUGAAUGUGUGGCAGCCAAUCUUACCAGUACAGACCACUACAGCCACAACUACAACAGCUUCCAGACUUAAAAACACAGGUUUAGAGACCACCAACAAUGAAAUACCCACCCACAAUGAUUCACCAGCAUGUGCAAACCUGCAGGCACAGAAGAAGAGGAAAUCCAAUGAAUCUGUAGAUACAGAGCUCUGUCUUAAUGAGAAUGCUAUUGGAAAAGACAACACAGCAGGAGUCUCCACCAGUCACAUAUCUUCGGAGAAUUCGCUCGCUCUUCCUACAAGCUUCUAUCUAAGCACACUGCUCACUCUGAUGACACUUGCACUCUCACUCUCUUUGUUCCUAAGCUCAUCAGUCAUCUUGUAGCUGCAUAACAAAAGGACAUGUAAAAACAAACAAAAAAAUUCUGUUUCCUGUCCUCUGUUGUUUAUCUGGAAUUCCAGGUCUGGGAGCUAAGCUGAGGCACUCCUGCUAGAACAGUUUCAGUCAGCUGGAAUUUUUUUUUUUUUUUCUUCUCUCUAAAAAAGCUUCUUGUGAUAUUUAGAGGCUUUGUGAAAUACUUGGUGCAGUGCUACAUUCCAAACCCAAAAGGCUUUUGGGCAUGCAGUGUUUUAAAGAGACGGUGUGUAAAUUUACCUGUAAAGCGACCUGGUUGGAUUAUUUUAAUAAUAAUUAUUUUCAUUCUGGCUUUUACCUGAGAAGGAGGAUGGCAGUUUUCUUAAGAUCCUAUUUAUCUCAUUGAGUAGUUUUGGUUUUCAAAUGGAUUGAACUUCAGACUGUCAAAGAUGCCAGGCUUUUGUCUAAUGGUGAAUGUUCUCCCAGAGAGUGGACUUCACGAAACUUCUUCAUUUGGUAAAUUGCUACUGAUGUUAAACUCUUUCAGUGUAUUAGCAUUUUCCUCUUUAAAUGUUUACGUACUGUAAGUGAUUCUGCGUUCCCUGCUGAGAAGCCAUUAUAAUUCACACACAGAUACCAUGUACGUCUUUCAGUUAAAUUCUCAUAAAAAUACAGUGUGGCAUAGAACUUUUUAACAGCACGUUUAUCUUUUAACUGUAAUAAUCUAGCCUUAACAAGGGUGAAGAUUCUUUACAUUAACAAGAACCAGCUCUUGUGAAAGCUUGAUAAAAAUACAUUUCUUUAAAUUUGAGGAUACGUGGUAGAAACAAAUUUUGCUACGGGGUUUCAGCUGUACUAGUUUAUGGUCUUCUAUGCUUCCACUGUGAUAACAUAGUCCAGUUAUUAUACUAUUUGUUUAAUAAAAAAUGACAUACAAUUUAUUUGCUCUACU